GCGGCCCAAGGUCACGGCCGGGCGGGCCUGGAACGGCGGGCGCGGCCGCGCGGGGUUCCGGCGGGUUCGGGCCGGCCGGGCCGGGCCGGGCCCGGAAGGCCGCGGGCGGGGUCCCCGCGGCCCGGCGGCUCGGGGGACGCAGGGUCCGGGCGGCAGGAAUGCUGACGCUGGCGAGCAAACUGAAGCGGGAUGACGGGCUCCGCGGCUCCCGCGCGCCGGCCUCCGCCUCCGAUUCCACGAGGAGGGUGUCUGUGAGGGACCGGCUGCUGGUGAAAGAGGUCGCAGAACUUGAAGCUAAUUUACCUUGUACUUGCAAAGUGCAUUUUCCUGACCCGAACAAGCUCCAUUGCUUUCAGCUCACGGUGACCCCAGAUGAGGGUUACUACCAGGGUGGCAAGUUCCAGUUUGAAACUGAAGUUCCUGACGCUUACAACAUGGUGCCGCCCAAAGUGAGAUGCUUGACGCGGAUCUGGCACCCCAACAUCACGGAGACGGGCGAGAUCUGCCUCAGCUUGCUGAGAGAACAUUCCAUCGACGGCACCGGCUGGGCGCCUACACGGACACUGAAGGACGUGGUUUGGGGUCUGAACUCGCUGUUCACGGAUCUCCUGAACUUCGAUGACCCUCUGAACAUCGAGGCAGCGGAACACCACCUGCGGGACAAGGACGACUUCCGGAGUAAGGUGGAGGACUACAUCAAGCGCUACGCCAGAUGAUACGCAUCCGCAGAUGUGCGUCCAGUGUGUCCGACUCAAGCCGAGGGGCCCUGUCCUGGCGCCCCCUCAGUCCACCGGGUCGUCUGAGUCCUGUGACCAUGUUGUCCUAGGAAGCGCCUCUUGGUGACCGCCUGCCGUGGGUGGCGCGUCC